UUUAUAGCACACCUUGAGUGUAUAAAUAAAAUAAAAUAAAUAAAUAAAUAUGUCACUAAACGUACAACUGGAGAAUUCACUAGUGAAUUGAUUGCCAUUAAAUGCUGCGUGUACACAAAUGGCAAACCAACAAUAGAACCGAGAAAGAAAGGAGUGGAGAUCGGUCAACGUUAUGGAUUCAGUGAGACGGAUUUGUACAAAAUCAACAAAUUAUACAACUGCAAAAAAGAUGAAGACUCUACGCACGUCCCGGAAACCGAAACGGUUGAGAAGUCGGAAGAGGAGGCAGAUAUUAAAAUAGACACAAAGAGACCUAGUGGAUCAGGAAAAUUAGUUGGAUCAGGGACUAGUGAAAAAAGCAACAGUAUAAUUUCCAAAACAUGUGCAGAUAGACGACGCGAUUGCGAAUUUCUCGCUAGAGCUGGUCACUGCGAAUCAAGAUUUAGUGAAGCUUUUAUGGCAGAUAACUGCCCUAAAAGUUGUGGAAAAUGCGAAGUGAAAACCACGGAAGCUCCAAAACCUUGCGAAGACUCAAGAACCUGGUGUGAACGAUGGGCCAUUAGUGGAAUGUGUACGCAAGAGAUAUUCAAAGACUAUAUGAAAAUUAAGUGCCCAAAAAGCUGUCAGCAUUGCUAG